CACAACUAUUCAGGCCAAAUGGUAAAUGUUAUGCUCCAAAUAACUUCAAAUGGAUGGUAUUGGACUUGAGAGGAAAUUGAAGUAUAUCCCCCACAUAUCUGCAAACUAUACAGAACCCAACCUUCCUUUUGUGAGGCAGCAGCACAAACUGCUGCACCGUCACGCUGCCUGAGUUCACACAGUCUGCUACCAAAAUGUGUACGAACCCAAACCGGGAUGACAUGAUUUGGAAUGAUGGAACAGCUUCUGACUGCCUGAACUAAAGGUGGCCUAUUAAUCCUGAUGGUUAUCAUCAAAUUAAUCUUUACAGUCAGCUCCAGACACUAAUAUUUGCAGUGUUUAAAUCCCUGCUUGAAACACUCAGUGGUGAGACUUAAACAAAUGAUGGCAGUUCUACUCUCCAGCUGGUCCUUCAAUGCAAACAUCUGUGUUUGCAAAGGAAAGGGCAAACAGCAGGAGAGCAAAAAUUAUUUAGCAACAGGGAGUAAUGUGCAAUUGCAUCUCAGUUUUUGCACCCGUUGAUGCAAAAAGUUGUACAUCACACAGUUUAUCAGAUUAAAAAAAACAAUGAAAAGAUAAGCCGGCCGCAUCUGGCUAGUCCAUCUCUAAAUGACUGAAAAGGCGUUGGUAUCUUUUGGYUGGUCUAGUCAAAGACUGGAACUGAACUGCGUGAGACAGCUGUGGGAGCUGCAAGUACCCUGUUCUUACUCAGAAUCCCCCGUCACCCAGACUUCCUUAAAAGUGCGGUUGAAGUGAAUGUAAUUCUGCAAAGCAGAGUGGGCAGUGGUUCCUUCAUGGUGACGUAAAAGAAUCGCUAUCACAGACUCUUGAUAACCCCCACUAGGUCUAGGGAUGGCUCUUUGUAUGUACUUAGGUYACCUUUGCCUGACAUCAAAAUCAGUUUGACCGCCUGAAACAUUAAGAGUGACAAAAAUCUUAAAAGUCCAAGAAAUCUGAAAGGAAACAAAACACUUUUCACAAUAUUGUAAACAAUAUCUGAYGAGAACARGAUGUGCUCRCAUCUUAAGAAAGUCUCGUGUUUCUAGGCCAGCGAAGGUGGUGGGAGAUUCAUCAGCUUCUUGCAGACCAAAUAGGUCAGCGUAACUAGCGAAGGGAUUUUCACACAACAUAGCCUGCUUGCUCAUCACCGUGCAAACACAAGAUUACAGAUACUGCAAACAACAAAAUAUUUCUAUUUCUACUGAAGCUUUUAGGUCAAGUUGUGGUAAAGGCUAAUAGCAAAUUUCUCAGAAUCAGAUUAGGCUAAAAGAAAAAAAAAACUUGCUACGUGCGAAAGCUUAAAGGGCAAAAGAAACGCAAGUGCAGCACUAAUAAACGACAACCAAAACGACUGAGAAUUGUGCAAAUUUAGAAGGAACAAAAUUAACCAAGAAAUCAUUUUUUUUAGAGAAGGGAACCCAAGAAGGUUCUGUGUCUUAUUGUGCGACGAGAAACAGCGAAAGAGCAAGAUGCAUGCUCAAAUGCCACGUCUUGCUGCUGUGGUAUUCAGAUAAAAUGUGUUAUCAAAAAGAUCUCAAGCUUUGGCUUCCGUGAUGCAGCGCUGGGUUUCCUGUCCUCAAUGUGGGACCUAUAAAGGCAGACGUCUGACCGAACUCAGACAAAUACCGUAGAGCGGUUGGUUGUUAUCUGCUGGAUCCUCACCAUGACUCCCAGAAGCAUCAUCAUGAUCGCCAUCCCUCUCUUCAUCAUAGUGGGGAUAUUGAGCCCAGCUGCCGGUUUUCGAACCAGCAAACCCUGCUGUACAAGGUACAGUAUGAGGCCAGUUCCCUCCGAAAAUAUCAGAGGCUACAGAGAGCAAGUAAAUGUGGAACACUGCCGCAUCAACGCGAUCAUUUUUUACACCACAAAUAACCAGGAAAUCUGUACAAGUCCAAAUGAUGACUGGGUGAAGGAAGCUCUCAGCUCACUGAGCUCAAAACUGAAGACGAUGUCCCGGAACACCGACGGUAAAAAAAUGUGAUGCCUGCAAACUCCUCCAUUCGCAGUGCAAAGUGGAUUUCUCAACGGUUUAUAAUUCCUCAUAAGUUAUAAAUCAUUUACUGAUUUAAAACAAGAAAAAAAAAAUGUUUUUAUGUAGUUGUCUAGAGCAAUAAAGUUUAGAGAUUUUAUUCUUCUGCAAUCAUGUCUUUCUGAGAAUAUAACUUCUUUUAGUGUUGAUUUUCAUACGUCCAUGUUCAAUAAGUUAGAAUAUUAAGAAAUAACACUUAUUUAUCCCAGUAACYCRAUUUACGUUUUAUUAAAUUAAUUACACACUCUGAGGCUUACAAGRCUUCAUUUCUGAUAUUUAUWWRUUUUGACUAACAGCUCAUGAAAAUAAAUUUAUAAAAAUAUUACAUYAGAGCAACUAUAAGUAGGUUUAUUGGAAAAAUAUGGGCUUAAUGAAAAGUAUGUUUAAUAACUGCUUAAGGGUUUUUAUUUUCAAAACAAACAAAUGAGUGUUGUUGUAACCCAUAUUCUAUUUUAUUGGAUGUGAGUGCAUUUGCUUUUUACUGGUGCUGGCUUAAUAAUGUUCAUUUAUUUUAGAGUUAUACUGAUAAAGCAAAAAAAAAAAAAAAAGAAAUGAACAGCUAAAAG